CACCAAGAAGAGAGCACCCUGCCAUCCCUCACGAUGUUCCCUCCCAGAUUAACCUCUAUCUUCCGCACCGUCGGCGCUUUCACUUCCCCCUCCGCUGCCGCCCCCUCUCCCUUUACCUCCCUCUUCAACCCUCUCGGUCAAAUCCGUACAGCAACAAAGCGUGCAGGAGGUAGUACCAAAAACAACCGCGACUCCGCUGGUCGAAGGUUGGGUACGAAGAAGUUUGGGUCGCAGGAGGUUAGGUCUGGGAAUAUUAUCAUCAGGCAGAGAGGGUCGAAGUUCCAUCCUGGAGAGAAUGUCGGUAUGGGCAAAGACCACACCCUCUACGCCCUCGAACCCGGUUUCGUUCACUUCUACCACGACCCCAAAUACCCGAAGCGGAGAUUGGUUGGGGUCGUGUUUGAGCGUGGACAGACACUUCCUUUAGCAGAGGGUGAGCCGAGACGGAGGUUGUUGAGGAUGGCGCCGUGGGCUUCAAAGAAGGAUAUUAGGGAGAAGGAAGAGGCGUCGAAGGCGGCGAAGGCGGCGAAGGCGGAUGCGGGAGUUGAGAGGAUUCAGGCUUGAGUGUGAGUUCGUUUACGGCGGGGAAAAAGAGGAAGACUGGAGCGUGGUUCUGUUACGCUGGACGCAUAUAUAUGAGCGUGGAUCGAUGACGCGAAGUAGCAUUUUGCAGUAUAACUGUGUAAGGAUGGGAGCUCGACGAGGCCGUACGAUGCCAAAGAAUUGAAUUUGAAAGAUAUCCUAUAACCAUGCAC